AGGGGGCGUGGCUGCACAAGUCGACCAAAGUCAAGCUUACAAGAGAGAUGAGCAGCAAAGACAGCACCUUCUUGUCGCUCAGGCUCCAUCGUGGAGAGAGAUUCGACUGCAUACCGAUAGUAGACAAGGACCUGAAACUGGGGGAGUAUCUGGAUGGUGUCCUGAAAGAUCUAGAGAACGAGAGCAGGAUACAACUGCCAGACACGGACGAGGAUCUAGUGGACCCGGCUCAUUUCAAAGUGUUCUGUGAUGCAAACCUGUCAAACCAGUUAGACCUGUCAGUGAAACUCGCUGAGCAGUCCUACCUGGAGCAGUGUGAGCAGUCAGGAGAGACACCGGAGCUAGUGUUGGUGUCUCGUAUAUUUAGGAAUGCUGACCAGGUGGACAGGAACCAUCGCGCAGAUACGGCCGUACGGAGGGCCACAGUGGGGAGCAGGCCUGGAGCAACGGUCCAACCUCCUGUAGCCCCUCCCACUGUACCAGACCGCACCUCCUCUCUUACAAACGACGUCACUCCUGCAGACGACCUCCUCUACCUCGUGGGACGCAAACCCUUCAUACACAACAUCCAAGACACAAUGCAUAAUUCCAGUAGCCCCGAGUCUUUAGGAGUCAACCAAUUCGUGGAUACAUUAUUGGACACUUCCACAGACGAUUCAGCUUCUGUAUAUUCAGUCGCGUCUAGUAUUGGAGGCCGCUCUGGCUCACUCCACAGAGGUCUGGCAAGAACAGCCUCUGAUGCUCUCUCUCGUAUGUCUGCCGACUCUGAUGGUAGCCGACGGUUGGUUCGCACACGGAGCCCUGGAUUGGCCGUCGCACAGCCUGCAAUCAGCUCUGAAUCUCCAGAGUCUACUCAGAGCGGUAAAGAGGGUGGUAGAGAGACUAGGAGGCACCCAGUACUGAGAGGCACUAAGUCGCUUCCCCCCCAGCCUGAAGAAUGUGAGGAGCAAGAGUCGGGCCUCGUCGAGAUAAAGGAAGGGGAGGAGCUUAGAAGCCCUCGGAAUAGUUUGGAUCGAGAGGUGUCCCCUGAUCUCAUGAGUCUGCCCACCUCCCCCACUAGGAAGAUGGCCCCAGGCAGUUCACGGAAGAUAAAGAUGGCCUCGAGGAGAGGGCCUGGGAGUGUGGCUGCUAGGAAAGCAAGAUCAUUGGAGGAUAAGACAAGGCUGUCAUCAGCAGAAGAGCAACAAGCACAAGGCUCCUCUUCGACCACAAGCCGACGACACAAGAAAACCUUUUACUCUAGAUCCAAGCAGAGACAGGUGUCCAUGUUCUUCCCCGGUCGUGUGUUUGGUGACAUCAAGACCUUCACUGUUGAGAUGGAGAUCCCAACAGCUGACAUCUCCGUGGAAAUGGAGAUACGAGGUGAUUUCACUGUUGGACAGAUCAAAGACAGCCUCUGGAGUUAUCUCAGGGAGCAGGCGGGACUCUCGGUGGAGGACACUGGUACGCUCUGGGACCCGGAGAACUUCACGUUCACCUACACCGUCAACACAGACAAGUACGAACUCUAUGAUGAGCAGCAGAUAUUUCAGACUGCCAAGGUGAUACAGACAUGGCGGACAGAGAAGAGAGAGAAGGGACUUCUAACCGUGGAGCUCAAACGCUCUGAAUCGAGGGAAGAGAAGACCCUCAAUAUGGAGAUCAGUGCUCUGAUAGGAAUAGGACUCUACCAGCUGCAGUUUGCCAACAAUGAUGAGCUGGACAUCACCAGACGCAAGAUGGUCACUGUUCGUCGCAAUGCCCUUCAGACGAGGGACUCUUUCAACUACAGCAUGGAGCCAGACAUCAGCUACAUGGGCUUGCCUGAACAUAUUAUGAAGAUGCACCCGGACAACAAGAUCUUGGUGAGGGUGUUCUACAAGCUCUCCCCUGACAAAACUGGAUCAUAUCAAACUAUUCAAGUAGACAUGCAUACAUCGGCUGAAGAGUUCAUUGCCAUGGUGAUACCCGAGGGAGAAGCCAAGAGAGUGAGAUACGGCAUACCUGAUGAUUGUGACGUCCAGGACGUGGUGCUGAAGGUGGUGGGUCAGAACAGCUACAUCCACAGUCAUUGGGACCUGGUCCAGUUCUCUCCCAUCAUCCGCCGCCUUGUCAAGAAACAAGAGAUAAAGCUAGCUCUGGUCAAGAAGCUAGACCUCACUCUGGACCAACCAAGGGACGUAGCAGAUUGGAACCUUGUGGACGAAGCCAUUGGUCGGACUGGCACACACACUGACCUCUCUGCACUGUCAAAGGAACACACGCAAAUCUUCACUAUGUCCACUUGGGAUGUCCAGAAGAAAUUCAGGGUUCGUGUGGUUGGUCUGGACAACUUGUGGAGCAGUGAGUCGGAGGUUAUAUACCUGGAGGCGGGGCUGUAUCACGGUGGCGAGUUGCUAGGCAGCACCAAGUUCAGCAGGGAGGUGCUCUCGUGUACUUACCCUCGCUGGAACCAGUGGCUCGUGUUCGAUAUCUCCGUCAAAAACCUGCCCAAAGCUGCCAGACUCUGUCUCCAGGUGAUUGGUGGGAACCGUGUGAAGGAUACAAAGAAGAAGAGCGCCGCGCGGAGGAGGAGCAGUAGUAUGAAGAGCAGUAGUAUGAGGGACACCAUUAAGACUGGUGAUGGUUCAUUGGACAAGCCCCUCCACUGGGUCAACCUGCAGAUACUAGACCACAGAUCUCUCCUGAGACAAGGUCUCCUCCGUCUCAACCUGUGGCCGGUUGUCAUGGACUCCAAUACAGGAGAGUCCAACAUGUCCCCCAUGGGAUCCACUGCACUCAACCCUGAUGGCAACAACUCUGCUGUGCUCUAUAUAGAGCUGGACACGUAUGCCCACCCGGUCGCAUUUCCCACUGGAGGUUGGGGGAAAGAGACUCAAAUCACUUCUGAGCCGUCAGCUCGCGAGUUGUCCAUGUUUAAGGAGGAGCUAAACAAAGCCAUCCAGGCCGACCCCCUCACACACCUGAACCCUUCAGAGAAGGAGCUUGUCUGGAAGUUCAGAAACUAUUGCAGCACCAUUCCCGAAGCUCUACCAAAGCUACUGCGCUGUCUGGACUGGGCCAGCCUCGAUGAUGUGUUGGAAGUACACCGGUUGCUAGACAACUGGCGUCCAAUCACAAUGGAGGUAGCGCUAGAGUUACUGGACUAUCAAUUUGCUGAUGAGAAGGUCCGCACACUAGCAGUGAGGAGACUCGAGAAGUUGGCCAACGAUGAGUUGCAGAACUUCUUAUUGCAGCUGAUUCAGGUGCUCAAGUUUGAGUCGUACCAUGACAGUGCACUGGCCAGGUUCCUCCUCUCUAGAGCCCUGCAGAGUAAGAAGAUUGGACACUUCUUCUACUGGUACCUCCGCUCGGAAAUGGACUCCUCUCAGUUCAACCAACGCUUUGGGAUCCUUCUCGAGGCUUAUCUGCGUGGCUGUGGGGAGGCUAUGUUUCAAGAGAUUCGAAACCAACACACAGCUGUGUGCAAUAUCAUGGAAGUUGCUGGCAAUGUGAAGAAACAGACGGACAAGUUCAAAGGAGCAAGCAUUCUGGCCAGAGAGAUACUGACUAAGUACAAGCUCCCCCCGAGCUUCAGUCCUCCCUAUGACCCUAGCUUGCAGAUGGGGGGACUCAAGAUUGACAAGUGCAGAGCCAUGGACUCUAAGAAGCAACCCCUCUGGCUGGAGUUCCAGAGCACCGACCCGACUGACAUUGUGAAUAGACCAAUCAAAGUGAUUGCUAAACACGGAGAUGACUUGCGGCAAGAUAUGCUGACACUGCAGAUGCUCACACUCAUGGACAAGUUGUGGCAGGCCCAAGGGUUGGACCUCCACAUCAUCUCUUAUGGCUGCAUCUCCACUGGCAAUGAACAGGGUAUGAUAGAAGUGGUCCAGAAUGCAGAGACGGUCUCCAAGAUCCAGCUGGCUCAUGGCGGGACACUGUCCACACUCAAAGAGGAGCCACUUCAUGACUGGCUUAAGAAACAAAACCCAACUCAGAUCAGAUUCGAGGCAGCUGUUGAAACGUUCAUGCUCUCCUGUGCUGGCUACUGUGUGGCUACCUACGUCUUGGGUAUUGGUGAUCGUCAUAACGACAACGUCAUGGUCACCACAUCUGGUAACCUGUUUCACAUCGAUUUUGGCCAUUUUCUGGGGAACAAGAAGUACAUUAUGGGCAUGAAUAGAGAGAAGGCUCCUUUUGUGCUCACACCAGAUUUUGAGUAUGUCAUGGGGAAGAGGAACUCGGAGACCUUUAAGAGGUUCGUGGAUACAGCUGUCAAGGCGUACAUGAUCAUACGCAAGAAUGCUCACAUCUUCAUUAAUCUGUUCUCUAUGAUGAAGUGCACUGGUAUCCCUGAGCUACGCAGUGUGGAGGACCUGGAGUACCUACGCAGUGUGCUGGUUCUGGGCAGGACUGACAGUCAGGCAGAGGAACACUUCAAGGGGGAGAUACAGAGAUGUCUGAAACUACAAUGGAGUACUCAGAUACUCUGGUUAACUCACGCCCUAGUUCAUAGAACAAGUUAGUGUGUGCGCAUGAUUAGAUCUCCAUAAGAUUUUACAAUCAUGCAGGUUUUUUCGAUCCAUCUUAAUUAUAGUAUCAGCUCAAUUAUUUGUGUUUUAUGCUUUAAUUACUGUAAAUAAUUUUGAACCAUUCUC